AUGUGUCGUCAGGGGGCUGUAGUGGUGGAUCAACUGGCUUUAUGUUUAAAUAUGGAUCAGAGGGCAGUGUGUGCCGGAUGCCACCGGCUGAUCAGAGACAGAUUCCUGCUCAGAGUCACUGACGGCCUCUGGCAUGAGGAGUGUGUGCGGUGCGCGGCGUGCGGGGACGCGCUCAGGAACUCCUGCUUUCUGCGGGACCGCAAACUUUACUGCAAGCGGGACUAUGCAGAUCUGUUUGCAGUGCGUUGUGGGGGUUGUGCAGAGGCCAUCUCUCCCACAGAACUGGUGAUGCGUGCAGGGGCCGCUGUGUUCCACCUGCGCUGCUUCACCUGCAGCGUUUGUUCCUGCCGCCUGCAGACUGGAGACCACUGUGUCCUCAGGGAGGGACAGCUACUGUGUGCCAGAGACGACUACCACCGGUGUGUGGCCAGCCCGACCUCCUCCGACACAGGUAAAAGCGAUGAUGAAGAAGAGGAGGAAGAAGAGGAAUCUGGGAGGGUCACAGGCAGACGAGUUAGAUCAGAAGAUCUGGAGAGCAAACGUCCCAAAAGGCCGCGCACUAUUCUGACCACUCAACAGAGACGGACCUUUAAAGCUUCCUUUGAGGUCUCAUCCAAGCCUUGUCGAAAGGUAAGGGAGACCUUGGCAGCAGAGACUGGUCUGAGCGUCCGGGUUGUGCAGGUCUGGUUCCAGAACCAAAGAGCCAAAAUGAAGAAACUGGCCAGGAGACAGCAGCAGCAGCAGGAGCAGCAGCAGACUCAGGAGCAGCGCGAGCACUCAUCACAUCACACAGCGCCCUCAUGUGGCGGUUUGACCUCUGAGCUGGAGCACCUGGGGUCCUCGUACACCCACAUUCAGCAGCAGCAGCAGCAGAUGGGACUCACCACACUGGAGCAGCAGGACUAUGACAUGGACCCCUUCAGACAGGGCCUGACCCCACCUCAGAUGCCAGGGGAUCACAUGCACCCCUACGGUUUUAAGGGUCUGUACGGGGAGAUGGACAGAGACCCUCUGUGUCAUGUGGCUGACAGCGACUGUCUGUCUCUGGGUGACUCCUCUCUGCUCACCCCUAUCGACCGCCUCUACUCCAUGCAGGACUCUUACUUCACCUCCUGAGGUUGGAGGUGGGACUCAGUGAAAAGUGGUGUGUCUUCCUCACUCUGCAUC